AUGGUGGCCUCUGAAUUCCCUAGAAGACUUUACACCAAAGGGUUUGAGCCAGCCCCGGAUAAAAGCAUCGGCUAUUACGCUGAUGAUUAUAGGCUGGUCCCUGCACUAAAGUCAGCUCUAGAAGAGGAUGAAUGGGAAGAGUUUUUCGAGUCACUGUUGGGUGUCUUUUUAAAGUUCCACGAGUUGGAUUUUGGUUGGGCUUCUAGGCUGGUGCACCACAUGCUCACCUUUCAGAUAGUUUGCAAGCAGAGGUACAAGAUAUGGAGCCUGAUUGGUACCACUCCAGUUCGGUUUUCAUUGCAUGAGUUUGAGGAGAUCAUCGGACUCAACUGCGGGUACGUGGAUGACUUGGCUUUAACUGAUCUUCUUUCCGAUGACACGCGUGCAUUUUGGGAGCUAAUGGGGGUUGAUGCCGAGUCGGGCCCAAGCACCAUCGAAAUUAUUGAAGCCUGUUCCAACUGCUCAUCAUGGUCUCGUGAUGAUAGGCUGCGGUUGGGUUAUCUUGGGAUCUACGCUGGUUUCAUAGUGGCAACGAGACCCGGCUCAUCCACAAAUGUCAACCAUGCCAGACUAGUGAUGGAUCUCGAAGGUUUUAAGGAGUUUCCAUGGGGAAGAAUUGCUUUUCAGCAUUUGAUCAAUUCUGUUAAGGAGAAAGAUCUCAGCAAAAACAUUUAUAUAGAAGGAUUUGUGCAAGCUCUUCAAGUGUGGGUGUACUAUGCUCUACCGGAUUUUGCUGCUGAAUUUGGCGAACCAUUGCCAAAUGUUACUGAAGAACCUCUUUUGCUGGCUUACAAAGGAUCCAGAGGACGAAAGAACGUCAAAGCCAACAUGCUAAAACAGGUGUAG